UCACAGAUUUCACACCUUGCAUUGAUUGCAUGUGAAAUACCGCCCUAUCAGUUUUUGAUAGCUCUACCAACAACUUACUGUAUUACAUACGGACUACUUACCUACACCUGUACUUGACCAAGAAUCAAUUUUAGCCAUAGCAAAAAUACUACAUACUCGAUUGAUGACAAGAGACAGCUUCUCUUUUUCAGCUCAGUGCCUCACUUCCUCGAAAAGAAUCAGCCAGUGUUUUAUACCUUCUAGUCAUUUCGUCUACGUAUCAACCAACAUAUGACCGCAGCUUCGGUAUUCACGGAAGUAAUCCAUACUCUUACAUCGAUACGUACGUACUUACGCAUACCAAAGGACCCUGAAAUUGAAACAAGCACGCACAAAAGCUUUUUCAAUAAGAUUCACCAGAUUUGUUUGUCCAUUUGCACCGCCGAAAAAUCCCGUUUGUUUCUUGCGCCCUGCUCUUUACCUCAUUCUUUUUACCUCAAUUUAAUAUCAAAGAAAUUCGCAGCUGGCGUAUAUGAUAUACUACUAUACAUACUAUACCAAACAGUCCUUUAUAUGAUAUGAAAUGGGUGAAUCUUUAACAGGGAAUCAGUUCAAUUAAUAAAUAGAAUCUCGGGAACGAUAUCUUAGGGACAUUAACUUCAUCUAUCAAAUCCCGAUCCAUUCAUUCUUCAGACUUCAUUCCCGCCGUCCCUCCUCCGUUCCUGUUCCUUAUCCACUUUCGAAUAGAAGAGAGAAUCCACAUCACCGCUGCUGCCGCGUAAUCUUCCUUUACCAUUGGAAGAGGGUCUGAACGACUCAUCUCAAACCAAAUCAUCACCCGUCCACGCUGCCACAUCGAACCAAAUUACGCACAAUCCGCAUUCCCCACAUACCGAAAGUGCACAAAUUCAAACAUCCACCAUCCACCCAACUAAAACCUUUCAUGGGGAUAUCUGGUAUCCAUCAAAAUAUUAAAAAAUAGCCCGCAAGCAAGCAGAGUUAUAUACACCGGUCUCCACUUUCGCAGAUCCUCCCUAUUCGAUUUUUACUCAAGAGUAAAGGAGGGCGUCGCACAACAUGACGUUACGGAGUAAGUCAACUUUCAUUUCCAACCCUUUACCUUACAGCUUGAAGUCUUCUUCAAAAAAUACUCCUACUCCAAAACUUUUCGAUUUCUUGCCGGAGGAAUCAGAGAAGGAGCUAGAAGCAGAAGCAGAAGCAGAAGCUAUUGCGGAAGUACCUAAACUAGAAGAAUUCAAGAUGAGCUCUAGUCCCAAACAGAGGUCGAGAUCCGUCUCCCGCUUGCACCGCAUUUCGGCAUAUCUUCCAAAUCUUUUUGUAGACACAGAUUCUAAAUUCACCAAAGAAAAGAUUCCACCUGUGCCUCAAAUUCCCAACAUUCCUAUUCGACCACCACCGUCUCCUGCAGCUCCCGCAGAUAUCCCACCUGUCCCCGCGAUCCCCUCUACACCCAACAGUGCUCCCCUUGCGCCAGCAGCAUCACCGACUCAACAAGCAUCCAAUAAAUUACAAAAGGAACAACCUCGCAACACCCCGUCGCCGUCCAAUGCAUCAGCAUCGCCAGAUGCAGCAGAACCACCUGUCAAUGAAGUCCCAGAACGAAGAGGCAGGCACGGUUCGAUCUCGAAGGUGAAUUCCCUUGCGCCUCCAUCUUCCUUCUCGGCAGUUGGUGGCAAUGGAAAUAGAUCAGUUUCGUCUCCUAUAUCUAGUCGCCCAGCUUCAUUCAUUUCCGAUGGCGAGAAUAACGCAAAGGUAACCAAACGGAGGAGUUUUUUCCCCGUAAAGACGAAGUCGAGACAUUCAUCAUCACAUUCCGGUACGGAUGGUAGAUCGCCUGCUUGGGUUAUUGCAGGGGAUCAAAAAAUCGAUUACAAUAUUUCACUUGUUACCGGUGGUGAGAAGGUAGUGAUCCUAUCGGCGGACCGCUCAAAGAAGCAUUGUAGCUGAUAGAUUAUAGGUACCAGAAUUAUGGGAGGAAUAUUGCGAUACAUUUGUACACGUCUUUCCAGAAUCAUUCAGUCAUGGACCAUCUUUCAAAGUUCCUUCCUUGAUCUUAUCAUCAUCCGGACCUCUCCACGAACUUUUAGCCAACAGUAUUACCAAGCGUAGGUCGACGAGCCUCGGCUCUACCGGUAGACAAAGUCCAGACGCAUCAACACAGACGGGUACACCUCCGGAAACUCCUAUUGAUGGACCAGCUGAAUCUGAAGCAUCUUCGGAUUACAUGAAUCCAUUGCCCGAAGACAAUGGAGAAGUUCAUCUCUAUUUCCCAAUAGAUCUGUCGACUGAUGAUCCUACUAAAUUCUCUCCCGAGGACAUUCAAAAUCUGGCCGAUGUUCGAAAUUUCUUUGCAUUUAUGACCGGUCAACCACUUGUCGCAACCAAGGCUUGUCCUAGUAUCUAUCAUAUAUUCUUGACCAUAUCCUCAAUUCUACAAAAAUUCGAAUUUACAAACUUUGAUGGAUCAACUUAUGGGGAGGCCGCAGCAGCUAGCUUUGCAUUCUUCCUGGACGAAUAUCGUUUAGCUGAUGUUAGACAAAGUCGAGAAAAGAACAUCGAGGCGCUUGUGUUAGGAGAGCGCAUGAGAUCUACAGAGUUAUAUCACGAGGCAUUCGUACAUGCGGCUGGUAAAUGGCACUCAAUCAAGGAUCUUAAAUCAAACCUUUUCAAUGAAAUCUCAACUAACACACGCGAUCGAUUGGAACGAGCAUCCUUGGAACUUUCUCAGCGACAGCAACGUGCCGAGGAACGUUUGGCGGAAUUUGAGUACCCUGCUUUGUUUUCUGGUGUGGCAGCAUCAAAGACCAGUACGGAAUCUAAAAUUGCUCGAUUCCAAAAUUGGAAGGCAAAUUAUAUUGGCAUGAGGAGACACAUGUUAUCAUACUACAAAAUUGUGCAUGGUCAAUGGCCACCAAAACACAAGACGAAGAAUCAAUCUGUUGAAGGAGGUCUUAGUCGUCAAGUACUCAAGCAGCUUUAUACAGAUAUGUGUAAUCUUUACGACCUUUUGGCUGAUCGCGAUGCCAUCACAACUCGAUCCAUGGACUCGGAUGACCAGGAUGCGGCGCAUGCGAACCCAGUUCAUUUAGCGGCACGCAAAGUGUUAGCUGAAUUUGAUAGAUCUUCACCACCAGUUCUACCACCCAUCCCAUUCGAUGUACCUAAAGUUCCAACUAUGGCAUCUAUCGAACCUGGCUAUCCUCUUUUGUCACCUAAAGAUCAACAUAAAGCAUCAACCCGGAAACUUAAGGAAUAUGAACUACUCCUCAUCUUGGCCAAAAGUCAUAACCUUGAUGCUGACAAGAAAACUCCAUUUUUGGAGAUGUACAAAGCGUUCGAGGAAAAAGAAUCAAAGGGCAAGAAUGUUCAAGAAUUGGCUGACCAAAGAUAUGGACAUUGGUUGUUCCUCUAUGCAGUCGUCCAAUCACUUCCCAUGCUUGUAGUAGAUGUGGACAAUUUACGAUACGCUGAAGGGGUGGAUUAUUUCUUAUGUCAACCGCCACUAGGUAACUUACCUUGGAUGGAAGAUGCGUCUGGAGUGAAAAUGGCAUGGUAUGGAGUUCAAGGUGGUCACGGAGUAGUCAGUUUGCCUAGUGACGUCGUCAACUAUGGUACGGAAGGUGUCUAUCGCAGGUCACAUUGUUGGACUGUCGCUCAGAAAUGGAUCAACAAUGCCGAAGCCAAUGACCUUUCCCAGCCAUUUUUAUCAGAGGAUCAAGACGAAGGUCCACUGUCACCGCUAGCGCCGCCUCCUGGAUUUGGUGGAGGUUCGGGCCGACCAAAUAGUCGAGAUCGUGAUAAUUCUUCUCGAAGAUCUAGUGUUGCGAGUAAUGGUAUGCUCGGAAUUGAUAAUCGUAGCAACAGCAGACAAUCCCAGAGGAACAGCGUCAUGUUGGGCUUGGAAAUGCUACCAAUUCCAGGUAACAUGGAACCCGGAUUCAGAUCCGACUCAGCAGGUGGACGUGAAUCACCGGUCAGCGUCAUGGGAAGAAGAGGCGCAUCUCCAUAUGGUCGCAACAGUGUGGCCAGCCGAAACAGUGUCAUCAGUCUCCAUCCAGAUGGUCGACCUGCAUCUUCAGCUGGAAGAAAGGAAUCGACUUUCGAUGAUAUUCUUGGUACAUCAGGUUUGGGACAGAAAGACAAGGGAAAGAAAAGUUGAUGAGAAUGGAUUGAGGAAUUUUUUUCAUGUUCACAUGAGGGAUGGAGUUCGAAAAUUAUAAUAAAGCUAAAGGCAUACAAGUGUUUAUACUAGGGCUGGUUAAUCUAGGAUACCAAAAACUUUGAAUGAUAGGUAUGCAGCAUAGCGACCAAGCGAGCAUAUCCUGGAGGGAAAUUUAAUGGCGUUUUGAAAUUUCUCCGUCAUAUCAGUGGGGCACGCAUGAGGCGGGAAGGGAAGUAGGGGUAAAGAUGACCAACGGUUGGUCAUGUUUUAGUUAAUUUGCUGUCGCCUGGUACAGUUGCAGGAUGAAUGUAAUUUAGAGAUAUUGAGACGAGGUAGCUAUGAGGCUGUGAGGAGGGAAAGAAGCCAUGGGAAGAUAAUAAUGUAGCCACUUACCAUGUUUGAAGCAGGGUCCAUCUGCUGGCCGUCUGGCCGGUGGCAAAAUGUCAAACAUUCAUUCGUGUAUGUGAUGGCAUGAUGGGACGUGUUACAUCCUCCCGUUACAUUCCCUGACGCCUCACUUAUCCACCUGAG